AUGCCAUCAUCAAGUUCCCUGACUACUGAGUCAGUCAUGAAGAAGACUGAAGAUGAUAACACCCUUGUGUUCAUUGUGGAUGUCAAGGCCAACAAGCACCAGAUGAAACAGGCUGUGAAGAAACUCUAUGACAUUGACGUAGCCAAGGUCAACACUUUAAUCAGGCCCGAUGGAGAAAAGAAGGCAUCCGUUCAACUGGCUCCUGACUAUGAUGCUUUGGAUCCGGCUUCCAGCGGUCUUAGUCACUGCUGUCUGAAGGAACCAAAGGCAGCAGUGAUAGAAGACCCAAGCUGGGAGAGCACACAGCAUACCCAGCUCUGCUCACUGCUCUGCCCACUGCUCUGCCUACUGUUCUGCCUACUGUUCUACCCACUGCUCUGCCCACAGUUCUGCCCACUGCUCUGCCCACUGUUCUGCCCACUGUUCUGCCCAGUGUACAAAGCCUGUGCCCAGAGCCAUGUCCUCUGCUUCAGCUGCUUAGAUCCCACCCAUGGUCCAGUGUUGCAAGAAACUGAUAAACUAGUACUGAUAAAGUCCCCUAAGGGAGGUGGACGCUUCCCUAUUCGCUUUGGCAAGGAGCGCGCAUCAGGGCACCCUGGGAAAAAGUCCAAAUGGGAGAUUCCGGCGCCACCGGCCAAGUGA